AUGCAGGUUCCUCCGGAUCAGCUCGCUGCGCGCGAUGCCAUCAUCCUCCUUUCAGCGCAGGCCUUCCUGAACAUCAACCACCGCUGGCUGGAAGAUCUUGGCCUGGAUAGCGCAUCAGGACAGGCAUCGGCGACAUCUAGCCUGGGAGUCGGUGAGGUUGAACUCUACGAUGCCUUCGAAGCAUGGCGCAGCCGCUUAGCAGCGUGGCUGCGGGAGAGCACAGAGAGGUCCAGCCAGGUGCUUCGAGCUGUGGAGAAGGCAGUCACCAACAAUGCGCAGAGCAAGGAGGGAUUGCUUCCUUCCGAGCAGUGGUCGGAGCUACCGCGGCAGCCCGGCGAUUUCGUGCCGACGAAGGAUGCGCCAGCUGAGAGUUCGUCAGAUGUGCAGCCGGGAGAGACUUUCCAUGCGUGGAUGCUGCGGGUCGCAGAGGGCCGUCGAGGUUCUGGGGGCCGCCAGGUGUCUGUGAACCUCGGCCAGUACGGAGCGACCCGAGAUGGGCUGGAGCUUCUCCCAACCUGGGCCGUUUGCAGUCCGGACUACCAUGAGGCGCUUGGGCGCCCCGAUGCGCACUGCGUGGAGCGCGAGGCAGCGGCGAAUCGCGUUUGGAAAGAUCUGGUUGGCCACGAGGGCUUCAGCCUCCAGCGCUGGGCCCCAGAGGACCGAGGAUCAGAAGCAGACAGACACGCACAGGCCUGGGCUCCGGUUUGCUCAGCUGGUGCUUUGCCAAGCUGGGUGCAGUCCGUCUUGGCACCAGUUCUGGCAGCUGUGCCCCAGUUGUCAGAGUUGGAGCUGCGCAGCCGCGGAACGGUCCCAGACGAGAUAAACGAGGUGUGGCUCGCAGCAGCCGCAGCCGCGCAAGAAAGGUCAGAAAGGAUGCAGCUCCUGGAGCUUCGGGUGCAGAGAGCUCCGCCUCUCGUCGAGGUCUACAAGAUUUUGGAGCACGGUCGCCACUACUACAGAUCGCUGACCUUCACCUCAGACACGGGAUGGUCCUUCCAUGUGCCGGGGACGGGGCAGCUCUUGCUUCAGAACAGCCACGGCGGUCGUGGCGGCCAUGGUGCAGCGGGCUGGAGUAUCGCAGCUGGUGAAGUCCCUGUGGCCACACAGGCCAGGCCCAGUGUAGUUGUGCUGCGGGAGCAUCCUCUCAAGUUUCGCCAGACGCACCUGCCUCGCCGGGCUCUCCAUGGGCUUCUGCCCGAUGCACUGUUAGGCAGAUACCGCUUUUGGCGCUGCCGGGCCGCAGCCAAAAAAGCAGGUGCUUUGGGCGCUUUUGUUGGGGAGGAGCUACGAGUGCGAGAGGAAGCUUCACGCCUGUAUAUCUUCCUGUUUCGGUCGGGCGAGGGCGGCGAGGGCGUGACGGCGCGCGUCGAGCGCGGGCCCGCGGGCGGCGGCAAGUGGGGACUUGGAGGAGAAUACGAGUUCCAAAGCUUGGCGAGCGACUGCGCCGAGCCAGACCUCGACUCUCUCUCAGAGGAGAUAGAUUCUCGUGUGAUCCUCCUCCAGCAGAACCUGCAACUGACGCGGCCGCAGCAUCCGCGAAAUUUGUCGUCGGAUCGCAGGCCCAAUCUGCUGCUGAUCCUUCUGGACCAGUGGCGCGCCGACUGGGCAGGGUUCGAUGAUGCGUUAGUUUCGAUGCCCGCGGUGAAGUCUUUGGCUUCGGUGGGCACUCGCUUCACGCGGGCGUACACGACCUCACCUUUGUGCGUUCCGGCUCGGAGCUCUCUCACCGCAGUCAGGGAAUACAAGGACAUGUGGGUGCAGAAGAACCAGGAUCUCUAUGUCUCGCCACAGAUGUCUCCUACCUUCAUGUCUAGACUGCGGGACGCGGGCUACACGACAAUCUUUGCUGGCAAGGACCAUCUGUCUGGGGACAGUGGCAACUUGAUCAAUGCUACGGAGAUGGAGGUGUUGGGGGUGGAUCUCUUCGCGCGAUCAGCUGACAAGUAUGGAAUCUGCAAGAAUGCCUCCAAAGGUGAAGUCAUGGAUCACUUCGGCCUUCAUCUGAAAGAGAAUGAUCUCUUCCAUGCCUACUGCGAUGCCGUGGGGACCAUGGGAAGGGGAGGCUGCUGCAAUGCAACCCCAGUGUGCGAGACCAUCUUCAUGGACGAGUGUGGCUUCAGGUGCAAGCCGGAAGGCUGCCUGGAGCCGGAUCUGGGCGUUGAUCACUGGAGCCGUUUGCAGGCGGAGGUGCUGUUGCAACGGCACUGGAAGCGACAUGGAGACAAGCCGUGGUUCCUGCAGCUGGGGUUUCCCAGUCCUCACCCGCCAUUUGCGACCAGCCUCCACGACGAUGUGGGGCCGCUGCCAGAUGCCGUAGACGCACAGUUCGACUACAUCUGGGCGCAGAACACAGAAGGACGGAUGAUACAGUUCCCAAACCCUUACCGCAGCUCGGUGGACGUUCGCCAGACCCGGGAGAGCUACGCAAGACUCCUCGGGAUGCUUGACCGAGAGCCACUCGUCUGGAUGCCUGGUUUGGAUGCAUUCUCAGGUUCAUGGACCCUGGCCGGAGCCACGUCAUUUGUCCGCGGGGUUGCUUAG